GACAUGAUUACAAUAACUGUAUUGGUGUGGUUCAUGAGGGGGCGUGUCUGUUAUGCAAGGGCGCUUCUUUAGUGUGUUGUGCUUCAGUGCAACAUUUCUUUUUACUUUGCUAAGAUCUUUCUUGAGUUUAGUAUCUGUUGUUCGUGAACAUUUCAUCAAACUGGAGCUUUGAUUUAAAGAUUUGUCACAGUCAGGUAACUUAAGGAUUCAGUGGCACACAGACCUGCACAAAACACCAUCUAGGGUUUCUGCAGUAAAGAUGGCAGCCUCUUUGCUCAGGGUCGGACGGCUCGGAUCUCUCAGGUGUCUGCAGACGGAGGUCUUGAGCUCUAUCAGAAGAGCUCCUGCUGUAGCUUUCAGCUCCAAAUCUGGGGACAGCAAGAAGUCCAAAAAGUCCAACAAAGAAAAAGCAGCACCAAAAACUUACUUCGAUAUAGAAAAACUUGUCCAGCACAGAUCAUAUGUGGAAUUCCCCAAGAAGGAGGUUGCAGCUUCGGUUGCUGCUGCCUCUACAGAAGCUGCAUCUGUUGCUGCCCUUGCACCUGAACCAGUUGUAACUGCCACCGCGCCUGCAGCCGAAGCCGCUGCUCCCAGAGCUGAAGCCAUUGCCCCCGCAUUUGAAGCCAUUCCUGUAGUUGAAGCCGCUGCCCCCGCAGUUGAAGCCGCUACCCCUGUAGUUGAAGCCACUCCUGUAGCUGAAGCCGCUGCCCCUGUAGUUGAAGCCACUCCUGUAGCUGAAGCCGCUGCCCCUGUAGUUGAAGCCACUCCUGUAGCUGAAGCCGCUGCCCCUGUAGUUGAAGCCACUCCUGUAGCUGAAGCCGCUGCCCCUGUAGUUGAAGCCACUCCUGUAGCUGAAGCCGCUGCCCCUGUAGCUGAAGCCGCUGCCCUUGUAGUUGAAGCCGCUGCUCCUGUAGUUGAAGCCAUUGCCCCUGUAGUUGAAGCCGUUGCCCCUGUAGUUGAAGCCGCUGCCCCUGUAGCUGAAACCACUCCUGUAGUUGAAGACACUGCCCCUGUAGCUGAAGCCGCUGCCCCUGUAGUUGAAGCCACUCCUGUAGCUGAAGCCGCUGCUCCUGUAGUUGAAGCCACUUCUGUAGCUGAAGCCGCUGCCCCUGAAGUUGAAGCCACCCCUGCAGCUGAAGCCGCUGCCCCUGUAGUUGAAGCCACUCCUGUAGCUGAAGCUACUGCCCCUGAAGUUGAAGCCACACCUGCAGCUGAAGCCAUUGAGCCUACACCUGAAGCCACAAUUUGUCUUCCAAAAACCAUUGCUGAAACUGCAUCCCCUGCAGUUGAAGCUGCAGCUCCUGAAGCCCCUGCUGCACCAGCCUCUGAAGAUGCACCUACAGAAGACGCCCCUGUCCAGGAAGCAGUUGCUGAGGUUGUAGAAGCUGUCAGUGAAGUAGUUGCAGAAGUUGUGGCGGAAGCUUCCCCAGUUGUAGAGGCUGUUGCUGAGGUAGUUGGAGAAUCUGGCCCUAUUGAGGCGGUUGCAGAGGCAGCUCCUGCUGAAGAGCUGAUAGAUCCUGCCCCUGUGAUCUCAGAUGCUACUGAAGUUCCAGCAGAAGUUGUGGAGACGCCUGAGGCUGGAUUGGACCCCAUUCAGAAACUGUUCCUAGAUUCAAUCCGCGCAUACUCCACAAAAAGCGGUGCCGCUGGUGGUCUAGUUGAUGCCGGUUCAGAAUAUCAGAAGGCUCUUGCUGAGGAAAUAACUAAACUGCAGCGGUUGUACGGUGGUGGUGAUCUGUCUUCCUUCCCUGAGUUCAAAUUCCCUGAGCCUAAAUUUGAUGAAGUGUCCUCCAAGUAAACUUCUGAUCCUCUCCUGUACCUCAGUGCAAUUUUGUGAAAGAAGUCUACUAAAUGACUUUAAUCUGUAAAAGUGAACAUUUUGUGAGUUUUUAUUUUAUUUUGUGAGACUCUAAAUACUAAAUAGCUAUUUUUCAAAAAUUCUUAUGUCUGAUGGACAAGACUACCUGUGUCAUGUAUAAUGCACAUGUGGAAGAGAGCAUAAGCUUAGCUGUGAAAUAAAUGCUUGUUGCUUUUCAUAAUGUUUGUUGGUGUAAAAUAUCUGGGAAAAGAGCUGAAUAAACUGAACCACACA